CUCCGCCAUUUUGUAAGGAUAUAAGAAAUACUAGCAGGUCUACCUCCCGUCUACGACAACCUGUAGUUUUGUGUAGUGCCAUGGACGGCCGGUUAGAGACUGAUCUGUAUCCUCUGGGAUCCAGUUACGUCACUGAAAUAGACAGUGUCCAUGAUAUAACAGUCGGCACAAAGAGGGGAUCUGACGAACUCUUUUCCUCCUGCAUAUCUAACGGACCUUAUAUAAUGAGCUCUGGAGCAGCAAAUGGUAAUGACAGCAAGAAGUUCAAAGGGGACAUCAGGAGCCCUGGCAUUCCUUCACGAGUCAUACAUGUGCGCAAACUGCCAAAUGACAUAAACGAAGCAGAAGUCAUUUCUUUGGGGCUUCCCUUUGGCAAAGUGACUAACCUUCUGAUGCUGAAAGGAAAGAACCAGGCCUUCCUGGAGAUGAACACUGAGGAGUCAGCACAGACCAUGGUCAGCUACUACUCCUCUGUCACCCCUGUCAUCCGCAACCAUCCAAUCUUCAUGCAGUAUUCCAAUCACAAGGAGCUGAAGACUGACAACUCACCCAACCAAGUUAGAGCACAGGCUGCACUGCAGGCGGUGAAUGCAGUCCAGACAGGAGGCAUGUCUUUGAGCGCUGUUGAUGGAGCAGGCAUGGGGAGCCAAAGCCCUGUGCUGAGAGUAAUCGUUGAAAACCUCUUCUACCCGGUUACUCUUGAUGUCCUUCACCAGAUCUUCUCAAAGUUUGGCACAGUUUUGAAGAUCAUAACCUUUACCAAAAACAACCAGUUCCAAGCACUGGUCCAGUACUCAGACGGAAUGACUGCACAGCAUGCAAAGCUGUCUUUGGAUGGACAGAACAUCUACAAUGCCUGCUGUACCCUUCGCAUCAGUUUUUCUAAGCUCACCAGCCUGAAUGUUAAGUACAACAACGAUAAGAGCAGAGACUACACUCGUCCUGACCUACCUACAGGAGACAGUCAGCCCUCCCUUGAUGCACAGACGAUGGCUGCAGCUGCCUUGUCUGCUCCUGGUAUCAUCUCUGCAUCGCCAUAUGCUGGGGCUCAUGGUUUCCCACCAACAUUUACCAUUCAGCAGGCAGCAGGUCUGUCUCUGCAGGGCAUGCCUGCCGGGGCUCUCGCAUCACUCGGUAUUCCCGGUGCUGCGGCCGCCGCCGCCGCCGCUGCUGGACGCCUGAGUUUUUCCGGUCUCACUGGAGGAGGAAACAGUGUCCUGCUAGUCAGCAACCUUAACCCUGAGAGCGUUACGCCCCAAUGCCUCUUUAUUCUUUUCGGUGUGUAUGGUGACGUCAUGAGAGUGAAGAUCCUGUUCAACAAGAAGGAGAAUGCAUUGGUGCAGAUGUCUGAUGGGACCCAAGCCCAGCUAGCCAUGAGCCACUUGAACGGGCAGAAACUGUAUGGUAAGGCUUUGCGGGUCACCCUUUCCAAACACACCACGGUACAGCUGCCACGUGAAGGCCAUGAGGAUCAGGGGCUCACCAAGGACUACAGCAACUCUCCUCUUCACCGCUUCAAAAAGCCAGGCUCCAAGAACUACUCCAACAUCUUCCCUCCCUCCUCUACUCUCCAUCUCUCCAACAUCCCUCCUUCUGUCACUGAGGAUGAUCUCAGAGGAUUGUUUCUAAGUUCAGGAGCUGUGGUUAAGGCCUUCAAGUUUUUCCAGAAAGACCGUAAAAUGGCUCUUAUCCAAUUGGGCUCUGUGGAGGAAGCAAUCGAGUCUCUGAUCAAGUUUCACAAUCAUGACCUGGGAGAGAACCAUCACCUCAGAGUGUCCUUCUCCAAGUCCACCAUCUGAUAGAGGCUGUUUUGUUUUAAAGAGGUUGAAAGACUGUCACUUUAGACCAAACUUUAAGCCUUCCACAAUUUAUAUCACUGUGGGCAAAUGUGUUCCACAACACACACUUCAUCAUUCCUUUAUUAUAUCUAUAUUCACAUAUGUAUGUCUAUUUGUAAUUCCACUUUAAACCAGUAGACCAGAGGAACUCUUUAACCCAAUGUGAUUUGGGUUUUAAUAGUACGUUUUUCUCAGACGGUUUUUCAUGAUUUAGCUCAUCGUUGGCACACAUCGGUUUUGGAUCAUAGAUGCUGCAUAGUUUACACUUGUGCCUCUGCGGAAAGCCGCACACCUUUCAGGUUGCACACGCAAAGCCUUGUUUCAUUUGUUGAACUUGUAAUUAACCUUUUCAAACCUACUCCCUGUUUACCUUACAAAAAAAAAAGCAACUGUGCCUUACAUGGUGCUUAAAGUAUAUCUUCUUAAUGGCCUUAGUAACAUUUUGAUGUUUUUGGCUUCUUUGCAAGAACCAUUAACCUCAAACAAAAAACAAAACACAAACAUUCCAGCUGUUCCCAGGUGGUCCCCGUUUAAAUUUGACUAGUAAAAACACAAUGUUUUCCUUUAAAAGGCAGCAAUUACUUCAGUUUAUUAACGGGCUUUGUUUUUGUAUCUGACUGUCACAGCUUAUCACUUUGCAUAUAGUUAUUCUAAAUGUGGAUCUGUUCCUUAUGUACCGUAUAUAAUCUAUAGUUUCAUUCCUCUUUAUUUUUUAUUUUUAUUUUAGUUGCGUACAUAUUUCUAUACUGUCACCCAGAGUUCACUGAUUUCUACAUAAUUUGAUUAUGCUGCGUGUGGCAAAAUAAGUCAAAUUAGUUUUUCUUUUUUCUAGUUCACAAGUGUUUUAAUGAACAUGUAAAUUUGGACCUUCAAAAACUCAAGUUUCUUUUGGGUCUCUUACUGUCAUUUGCCUUUUGUUCAAGAAAAUUUAGCAUUACAGAGUCUUAAAGUCCUACGUGACGUUUGUGUGAACCGAGACACCUGUGACAAGACUUCGGACUGUUUUUGGCACUUCUUUGUGUUGGGGGAAAAACGUUAAGGCCACGGUCUUUCGACACAUCCAUUUCAUGUUGUUUGUGGCAUAAGUCUUGAUGCUCAGACAUUCCCUUUUACCUUUUGAGCUUGUAUAUGUACUAUAGGGGAAAUCUUUCCAUUUCAGUUUUUUAUUUUAGCCUUUGCAAUUUAGAAAAAUACUUUUGGUUUUUUUUUUUUUUUUUUUUUUUUUCCUCCUUCCUGAAGAGUAGCAUGAUGGACCAAAGCAUCUUCCCUAUACUGCCAGCCAGUUUUUGAUCUUUCUUAUUGAAGUGUAUCUUACUGUGCAGCAAUAUUCUGUAUUAUUGACAGCUUUGAUUUCAGUGGGCAGAGGCAAAAAGUUUAGAGGCCUUAUCUUUAUAUUAUUGCCGUUUGUUUACAAGAAGCGACGCAAAACCUUGAAAAUAUUACAAAUUAGACAAGAUAUUGUGGGCUUUUUUUGGCCUAAAACAUGGAUUGAAUAAUUAUUUCUGUCAGAGAACAGAACCAAACAAAAGUCUUAAAUCCUUUAUUGCGUUAUAUAGAUACUUCUUUCUAUUGCAUAUAUAGUUAUACUUGUUUUUCCCACUAUGGAUGUAAUGUUGAGUGGGUGAGGGCUACUGUGUAUAUAUAUAUUUUUUUUUUGUUAUGUACAAGUAAUUGAAAAAUCAGCAUCAUUUGUGUCAAACAUGUAUAUUUUGAUAAGAUAAUAGCAGACAUUCAGCUCAUUGUAGAGCCUUCCUUUUUUACACAAUAUUAAAGAGAUUCCAACACGUGUCUGAACAUGUAAUUGCCCUCUUGUAAGCAUAACCUUCUUUUGAUAUAGAUGCUCAUACUUUUCUGUCUUCAAUAAAUCUUUCUGUUUCUUGCUUUCA